AUGGGUUUGCGAGGCAUUGGCUUUCUUCUGCAGUGUUACCUGAUGUUGGCAGCAGCCAUGUAUUUUGAUCUCGGAGAGCAGGAGGAAAAAUGCAUCAUCGAGGAGAUUCCUGAAGACAUGCUGGUCACUGGUUAUUUCUUGUUGGAGCCUUGGGAUUUGAAGGCGUAUUCCCACUACCCUCAACUCGGCGUCACUGUGACAGUCAGAGACCCAAACCAUGAGGUUCUGAUUUCCAAACGCUACGGUAAAUUUAGUAAAUUCACCUUCACAGCUCACGCCUCUGGUCAGCACUACCUUUGCUUCCAAACCAACUCCACAAGGUUUUCUGUCUUUGCUGGAGAGAAGCUGAAGCUACAUUUGGACGUUCAGGUGGGAGAGCACUCGAUUAACCCCAAAACCGACAAGACCAAAGACAACAUGGAGACUCUGGAGAACAGCCUCAGCCACCUCAUUGAUCAGAUGAUGUACAUCAUCAGGCAGCAGGAGUACCAGAGGGAGAAAGAGGAGGUGUUUCGUCAGAUCGGGGAGGACACCAACAGUAAAGUGCUAUGGUGGGCUGUGGUGCAGACCUUCAUUCUGCUGUCAGUUGGUUUCUGGCAGAUGAAACGACUCAAAGACUUCUUCAUCGCCAAGAAGCUGGUCUGA